AUGGGAUCUACAGCAUUUGUUUUGCCCCAGUUAUUUUUUCUCAUUGGUGCUCUGUUUCACCUGGUUAGUGCAUUCCAAGUAACACCCACACAAGACCGAAAACCGUGCAGCUGCGAUUUUUCAGACAUCACCGGCACUUGUGUGUGCACUGAUGUGAACAAUGUGUCGAGCUUGGUCGAUCUGUUUGCCACCUAUUCGGACGUAUUGUGCUCUUCUCAAGCCGGAUUUAUUCGUUCCGCCCAUUUCAUUCGCCUACCCGAACUGAAAUCGAUCGCUAAAAAUCAGACAUUUUUUGGUCCAAAUUGUUCCGUGCAAUACCUAACCAACUUAAGUCUGAGUUGGACAGGUCUCGUACAAUCAGACGCAAACAGCUUCACUGAUUUCCCCAAUCUGGUCUGGUUGAACUUCUCCCAUAACCCUCAUUUGAACAGUUAUGGAGAUGGGGCGUUUACAACGUUUGGAGAUCACCUGACCACCCUAAUUCUUCGACAUAAUCCAGUUCGGUCGCUGACUCGUGAUGUGUUUCGUAGAUUGCGUGUACUGCAAAAACUGAUCUUAUCAGAUAACAAAAUUGGUUACAUUGAAUCUGGUGUGUUCUCGCGUGACUGUUGUGAGGAUUUGCGUGAAUUGCGACUGGAUAAUAACAUUCUGACAGUGUUAGACAGUGACACAUUAUCAGGAUUGAGACGUCUGGAAGUGCUGGAUUUACGAAACAAUCCGUUACAACAACUGGACCCAGGUGCGUUUGUACACACCGCAGCGACCCUGACUGAACUGUAUAUGAGUCAUAGCGACUCGACACCGUUUGGAGGAUUCGACAGCCCUCACCCAGAUCUAUUUGUGCAGCUCAGUCGCCUCACUGUUCUACAAAUGGACCAACUGAAAUUAAAGAAUUUGUCCUCAGUGAAUUUUCGCGGAUUAGACAAUUUACGCGCAUUGUCACUACGUGGAAAUCGUCUAAUUCAAUUGCCCGCUGAUGUAUUCUCACCUCUGAAACGAUUGGAACAGUUGGAUCUGUCAGCUAACUGGUUGGUUUGCAUUGCAUCUUCGUUAAACCCCACAGAACAAUUCGAUUUUUUGGCUGGUUUACCGUUAAAAUGGAUUGACCUCUCAUGGAAUCGACUGACUCAUCUGAAUCAGCUGACCGUCCGUAGUUUGGGUUUGUUUGAACCUGGUCCUCUAGACGGAACACGAGUUACGCUCAAUCUGACCGCGAAUCCUUGGCAGAAUAUCGAUGAUGACGCAUUUUGUGGUCCACCAGCAACUCGUAUCAUACGACCGACUGACUUGAUCAUUGGUCCAGUCCCGUCAACCCCAUUUGGUGCGUGGCGCACAUCAUUGGGUCUUUGGUUUGCUCGAGCUCAAUGGCCAAAUGGACCACUGGCACUGGUCGGUCCGAAAUCGCGUGUUUUUGGACUUAUGUUGAAUGAUGAAAUGACCACGGAACGGCUGACUAAAUUAUCGGAUGACGAACCCAGUUUAGUUAAAUUUGUUUACGCCCUGUCUGGAUCCGAUGAGUCGGAACAGCGUUGUCAACAGCUCCGUAUGCCUAAACGUUUCCGACGUACUCCAAACGAUACGACGGCCGUAGUGCCCUCCGAGUUGAACGAGAUUAGACGACCCACGCCCAUUUCUAUUGCCUACUCGCUCUCGUCCUACUGUCCACGGUUGCCAAUUCAAAAGCUGGAAGAUUGGGAGUUGGGCUAUUUGAAAGUGACCGAACUGAUCGAUUCGUACGAUGCAUUGACCAAAUCUCCAUUGCGAGCAACUGAACGCGGUUCUCGACUCUACCUUCUUGUGAUAGUUGGUGUUUGUAUCACUUUUCUGUUGAUUGCGUUAACCGUGAUCAUGUGCUAUCGGGCCUGGUCACGUCGAACAUCGCAGAAAUGUGCCGGUCACGACUUCGAGGGCUGUCCAACCGGAUUGACUUUGGAGGGUCCGACUGAGAAACAUCUGCUUCUUCGGAACCAAGCAAUGCCAAACAAUAAUAAUAAUAAUAAUCCCACGAUUUUAGAUGCGCCCGCAAAUGCACCCAACACAGAUAACGGAACCAACCAUCACCAGUAUCAGAACAAUCAUUUGAACACAACUGGGAAACAACAUUCACCUCGGUCGAUUGAACCUCGCACUGUAACUACGGGACCGAAUGAGUCGUUUGAAGUGACAAACAAUUCCUGUUCUGCAUCACCUAAUCCGGCGGAGACACCGGCUCCGGAUAUUGGUACUGUGAUCCCGAUAACUCGGGCACAUCUACGAAGUGGUCGUCCCAAAAGUGAUUCGGAUGCAAACGAGAUUGACACUAGUCACAAGCUAACCGCUUUUGGAGUGGUUUAA